AUGCAUGCGAAAUGUUCUCGAAGUUCUGACGUGCUGAUCACUGAUUCACUGUGUUCUCUUAGCAUGAUCAUGUGGCAUCAUCGACGCCGUGCAGCAAUGCAAGCCAUGAGCGAGACCCAGGUGCUUCCGCCCAUCUAUCAGGUACCGAUGCAGAACGUCCUGGGACAACCAGUUUCCGUCGAUCGAUGGCUGGAAGAGCAAAACAGUCCGGCCCACGCCCAGCGAUAUGGCCAAGAACUUUGUGCAAUCUGCCUAUGUUCCCUGGCGUCAUCCCAACACCUUGCCUGUCCCGACCCUGCCGUUCUAGCCCACGCGCAUAAUCAACAACCCUGCACAUGCGGGGCACACCAUGCUCCACCGAGCGAGGUCCUUGUCCUGAAUCGUUGCAAGCAUGCCUUUCACUCCGAGUGUCUCAAGUCUUGGUUCGAGUACCGUCGGUAUAAGUGCCCGAUCUGCCAAGCUUCGUAUUCGCCAGACGAAGCACGAGGAUAA